AUGGCGCCUGUUCAGAGAAGCCCAGAUUUGCCUUCUGUUGAGCACCACGUGACAUUGGAGACUUCCUCUCCUGGUCACCAAGGCCUGACGCCCCCGGAUAGUCCAACAAAGGGAACGGCCACGUCUCAGGCUGUCUUGAAGGAUCUGCAGUAUCCCUUUGGUAUGUUUCUUGGGAAGACGCUGCUCGAACUUACCAGCAGAGAGCCUCCAAAUACUCCUGUCUCCCAGGACCAGUCCCUAUCCAGCCCCGACAUGGCUCGACUAAAGAAGUUGCUGAUGAAGCUCACUCGCGAUGAAUGUGCUUCAGCUGAACUCUCUGUGGCAACCAAGCCUGCUCAAUCUUGUCCAGCAAGCAAUAAAAAGGAGGAUGGCGCUCAGGUAGCAGAUGGAAUUGAUCUCGGUAGCCCGAUCUUUACUACCCCGGAUGAUUUCAAAUCGUUCGAAAAGUGGGCCUCGAUAGCCCAAUUCAAGCCGGUCAUGGAAAUCGGGGACAAGGAAGUAUGCAAAUACAAGAUAGCAGAGCAGGUGGAGACCCAUAGUGGUCUAGACGACUAUGCUGGAUAUACAUUCAUUGUCCGUGAACGUUUUGAUCGGAAUUUCGAGGAGGUGACGCCCUACAUAGGGAUCAAAUCGGAAGGCAUGCGUCACAUCCUGCGUAUAGUGCUGCACGACAUCAAAGCUAUUAGCCUCAUGGAGGACAAGCCAUCGGCAAUUAAGACUAAGUAG